AUGCCGUUGGUAAAGAGGAACAUCGAGCCCCGGCACUUGUGCCGCGGGGCAUUGCCGGAUGGGGUGACCAGCGAGCUGGAGUGUGUGACCAACAGCACCCUGGCAGCCAUCAUCAAGCAGCUGGGCAGUCUGAUCUCACUGCAGGAUAUCAACAUGAGAAAGGCCUUUAAGAGCAGCACAAUCCAGGACCAGCAGGUGGUGUCUAGGACGUCUGUGCCCAACCCAGUGGUGGAGAUGUACCACCGCUGCGACAAGCCCCCCCCGCUCAACAUUCUCAGUCCCUACAGGGACGACAAGAAGGACGCUCUGAAGUUCUACACCGACCCAUCCUACUUCUUCAACCUGUGGAAGGAGAAGAUGCUGCAGGCCACCGAGGACAAACGCAAAGAGAAGAGGAGGCAGAAGGGCUGUCCGGCCCACCCUGACAGGCCCCACUCCAGACAGGCCCCACCCAGGAGCCCCCUGUCUAUCUCUGUAAGAAAACCCCGACCCCCCCUAACCGGCCCCCUCACUUUCCUCUCCCCCUCCCUCACACUCACCACCCGACACUUCACACAUCCACUUUUCGUAGAGCGCGUCGGAGCACAGGAGCAGCAGAAACAGGUAGAAGACCCAAGCAGGGAAGUGAAAAAGGUGCGUAAGGCCCGUAACAGGCGUCAGGAAUGGAACGUCCUGGCCUACGACAAAGAGUUCAGACCGGACGCCAAGCUCACCCCGUCUCCUUACCACGGCAUGUCUUCUGAGGGAUCCCUGUCCCCCGACAGCAGAUCAAUGGCAUCUGACUCCUACCCGGCAAGUCCCAACCAUCCCUCCAACCAGGCCCCUUGCGCCCCCCAUCCCGGCGACCACCACGCCAGGGAUCACCUCACUGCGGCAGCCCAGACCCAGUCGCUGGAUCGGGGCCUGAGGCCAGCCAACCAGCCGCCGGGGGUGGGCCCGGCCGCGGGGGCGGGGCGACACGUGGCCUCGCUAGGCAGGACCCCAUCGGGACACGGGGUACCGGCUGGAGGAGAUCUGACGGUUAACGGACCGAGGCAACAGUCUGUUAAAGACUACCGGGCUGCACACGGCCAGCCCUCCACCAUCCCCGAGUACUACAUCCCACCGGCCCCUCCUCCACCACCCCCAACUAUCCCCUCGGCUCAGACCGCCUUCGACUCGGCCACGGCCCCGCCCUCUGCCGCCGCCGCCUCCGGCCUCCCCCCCACCUCCUCCGCCCUGUCUCGCCCCUACUCCCCCUCCCCUCCUCCUCCCCCGGCCAACUACGUGCCCUCGCCCGCCCACCCGCCCUCGGGCGCUCCCCCGGCCGCCCCUCCGCCCCCGCCUCCCGGAGUGCCCGCCGGACACCUGGCCCACCCGUCCCCCUCGCACGGCGCCGGCGCUCAGGCGGUCGUGGACGCCGCGCCCUCCGCGAGGAAGUCCACCAUGCUGGGGAUGAUCCCCAUGAGCGACGCGCGCUCCGACCUGCUGGCCGCCAUCCGCAGAGGUAAGUGGGUAGCCAAACGGUAUUUGAGAGGCCUUCGGAAGAGACGCCCAACAGCUUCCCUAAAGGCCUCCAAGUAUCUCCACGGUCUCAAUCCUUCCUUCCUUUCAGGCAUCCAGCUGAGAAAGGUGCAGGAGCAGAGGGAACAGGAGGCCAAGCGGGAGCCCGUCGGCAACGACGUGGCGACCAUCCUGUCGCGCCGCAUCGCGGUGGAGUACAGCGAGUCCGACGACGACUCCGAGCUGGACGAGAACGAGUGGUCCGAUUAA